GAAGUCAGUUCUCAACAAAACUCUCUUCUUCCUCCCACCAUUUGUGUGCCUUAAUAUAUAUCGAUCCUCAAGAUUGUCCCCAUCAUCCAAAUCAUUCACUCACUUCACCAAGAAUCCUCCACAUCAAGAAAACAGAGCCUUUUCUUUAUUGGGUUAUUCUCUGAGAAACAAGUAGAUAUACAGUUCUCUGGUAAUAAGAUUUCGGGCUAGCUUGAAGCUUAACAACAAAUCAUCAUCAUCAUCAUGAGCGGGGAGAAGACCAAGAGAUCAUCAGGAUUCGGGAUGCAAAUCGAUCAGCAGCAAAGUUUCCAAGGAGUUAGCGUUGUGACUGAGCCAUAUGCUGCUGCAUCUCAUCAUCAUCCUCAUCCUCAUCCACACCAGCUUCCUGUCACAGGUCAUCAUGUCGUGGUUCAGAGAGGAUCCUCGGCCCUUCCUUGCUGUGGUAUCGGCCUUGGUUGGUUCUUGUUUAUAUUGGGGUUCAUAUUGGGAGCAAUUCCAUGGUAUGCUGGGGCUUGCGUCUUUCUUUGUGCCAAGUAUGACAGCCGCGAGAGGAUUGGAUUGAUUGCUUGCUCUGUUCUUGUAAGCCUUUGUUUUAUUCGUUUCCUUUUCUCUAAUUUGUAAUCAUAUAUUGAAUUCUCCAAAGUUCAUGAUUAGUUAUCAAAAAAAAUUUGCUUGAUUCAUAAUUUUGAGAAUUGUUUUUUACUAAUGAAGGUUUUUUUUUUUUUUUUGUGCAGGCUGCUUUGUCGACGGUUGUGGCUAUCAUUAUAGUUAUAUUAUCGAUAAUUUGAAUUGAACGACUGUACUUGUGAUAUGGCCAUGUGGUCGGCACUAAUUUAGUUUUGCUACUUCUAUACAUGUAUCUCUGGU